UCCCGCGUGACGUCACGGGCAGACUGCGCUCUCCGGAUUGCAGCGGGGUUUUUUCUCCUGUGUUAAUCUAACGGAAAGGUGGAUCACUAUUCCAGUCGCGUCUCACGCGUAUUAUUUCCGUGGAUGUAAAAUGAACAUGCAGCAUAUCUGUGGACUUUACGACGCAAGCCCUUCUUUCAGUCCUUGAUACUUCUUUUUUCUUUUCUUUUCUCAUAUUUUCUUAAAGAAACGGACCUCAACUGAUCUUGCUGGGACAAACUUUUGGAGCUAUUCGUAAUCAAACGGCUCAUUUUCUGGAAGUGCUCCAGCUAAAUAUAACUUUCAAGAUGGAUGGACAGUGUUACUACAAUGAAAGCAUUGCCUUCUUUUACAACGAAAGUGGGAAGUACCUGGCCAGGGAGUGGAAUACAAUCAGCAGGCUGGUGAUGGGACUUGGGCUUACUGUAUGCAUCUUUAUCAUGCUUGCUAACCUCCUGGUGAUGGUGGCCAUCUACAUUAACCGCAGAUUUCAUUUUCCCAUCUAUUAUCUCAUGGCUAACCUAGCAGCAGCAGACUUUUUCGCCGGACUUGCUUAUUUCUACUUGAUGUUUAACACCGGGCCCAACACGCGCAGGCUAACUGUCAGUACAUGGUUACUACGCCAGGGCCUGAUCGACACCAGCCUGACGGCCUCUGUGGCUAACUUGCUAGCCAUCGCCAUCGAACGUCACAUCACAGUCUUCCGCAUGCAGCUUCACACCCGCAUGAGCAACCGCCGUGUGGUCGUCGUUAUCGUAAUCAUCUGGACUAUGUCCAUUGUCAUGGGUGCCAUCCCAAGUGUGGGCUGGAACUGUAUCUGUGCUAUCAAAACCUGCUCCAACAUGGCACCACUCUACAGUAACUCGUACCUUGUCUUCUGGGCCAUCUUCAACCUGGUGACCUUUGUGGUCAUGGUGGUGCUUUAUGCUCACAUAUUCAUGUAUGUCCGCCAGCGCACCAUGAGAAUGUCGCGCCACAGCUCAGGUCAGCGGCGUAACAGAGACACCAUGAUGAGCUUGUUGAAGACAGUCGUGAUUGUUCUUGGUGCUUUUAUCGUGUGCUGGACGCCUGGUUUAGUUCUCUUGUUGCUCGACGUUUUCUGCGAAGAAUGCAACGUGCUGACUUUUGAGAAGUUCUUCCUCCUCUUAGCUGAGUUUAACUCUGCCAUGAACCCGAUCAUCUACUCCUAUCGGGACAAGGAGAUGAGCGUUACAUUCAAGCAGAUCUUGUGCUGUCAGCGGCAGGAGAACAUAAACGGUACGGUGGAAGGUUCAGACCGUUCAGCUUCCUCCCUCAACCACACGGUCCUGUCUCCACACAAUAACGACCACUCGGUGGUCUGAACACAGCAGAGGAACACAGCUGGCACUAUCGGGAUUAAACCCAGGACUGGAAAAAAAGCUCCUUGCCCAGGGGCAGAGCUAAACAGGAGGCAUUUGCAUUACCAAAAAAAAAAAAUUUUUGGAAGGUUUUGUUUAUUUUAUUUUUUUUUUUUACAUGUUCCAAUUUUGGUAACACUAUAUUAAGUAUUUAAUGACAUUGCAAGGGGUUUCCAAAAGUGGUAAUUGUUAGGUCAACAUGAAUUUCGAUUUUUGUACAACCCAGUAAGUCAUGGGUGUCCACAGUAUUAAUAAAAAUCCUAUUAACCUUUUCGCUUAGGCUUUUGCACUAUAGAGGUAAGCAGUGCACUCUGGAGACCACUGAUUAAUGGCACAAUUUUGUCGUCAGCUAAUCUGAAGAAGAUAUGUAUCUCAUUUGGUCUGUGGCAUCACCUACUUAUCACUACAGAAUACAAGGAUAUAUGCUAAGGACAUCUAGAAUAGAAAACAAAACAAAACAGUGGUAUUAAAAGCUUUCACGUGGGAGCAGAGGAGAAAUCUUUACAUAACUUGAAUCACCUAAAGCUUACGUGGCAUAGGUUUUCCACCAGAACAGUAUCAGACGGUCAUCAUGUUUCAUUUGAAGACCAUGUCAGUAUCUUCUAGUUUGGAUUUGGGUAGCUCUUUAUGUUGUUUUUGUUUUUGUUUUUAAAUCAACGACCACUUACAUGUAUGAGCCAUUUAUUUUCAGGGAAUCAAUUUCAUGGACUGUCGCCACAUUAUAAAGUCACAAGUGCCCUUUAAAACAAAUCAAGAGGAUUUGGGGAUUUCUUGAUUCUUUUGAGGACUUUCAGGUUUCACUGACAAAUAGCUGUCACUUGGCUAACAAAAGUAACACACACACACACACACACUUGUCUUGUCAAUGAGAAGUGGACUAGAUCCCCGAGAUCGAUCCUGGUUCAUGGUGUGAUAUUGUUCAUGUCCAGCAGCCAGGGCCUACUUUAUUUUUUCUUGUGCCACAGUCAUGAAAUGUAUCUUAUGACAUGACAUAAGAGAAAUUAAAUGAUCAGUGUAUGUUGGUCUGUAUGUACAGUAUGUAUAUAAUAUAUGUAUAUAUUCAAUGUUAGUCAAAAAGGGAAUCUUUAUUUUUAAGGAUUAAGUGACCUUUUUUCUUUUUCUUUUAUUUUUUGCUCUCAGUUGUAUCCUGCUUUAACACUUAAAUUAUUUUUGAACUUUUUAACACGGAGGCAAACAUAUUUACUACUUCCCAUUAAUUCAUCUAAAAUUUUAGGUGAAGACCUGUUUAGCGGCGGUGCAAACGGUAACCGCGGACGGUUACAAAUACAGUGGAUACUAACAUUGCUAAUAAAUGUAACAGGAAAAAAUUCAUACGUUGCAAACUCCUACUGGUUUUUACAGCUCUAAUAUGUUAUUCCUCUUGGAUAUACCACGCCAUUUACCUGAAAUAUAUAGCCUAGAAAAAAAGUUCUUGCAUCUAAUUGGUUGAUAUUGCUGUUUGCCUUAAACCUCAGUCAUGGACUGUUGGUUUAUUUCCCUCCAUUUUUAUGAUUUAGCUAAAAACCACAGUUCUGUGAUGUUUAUUUCAUAUGAUUUUAAUCUCACCCAAAAUACUUGAUGUUAUAUUUUAUUUCCUCCCAUUCUCAAACCUAAAUUCUGUAUGGUAUGAGUCGCCUAAACUCACUAUAAUUCAAUCUGCCAGUCUUCUUAAAAUAAACUUGUAUGAUAUCAGGAAAAUUGCUCAUAUUUUAUUUCUACAUCCUUUUUUUUUUAUAAUUAUUUCCACGAUUUAUUAUUCUCAAUAUUGUCAAUGUUCAAUUGUGUCUUUCCCAGACUUGGAGAACAUCACAGGCUUAAAUUCAGACCUUUACGUAUUAGGAGCUCUGUACUGAACAGCAGUGUGUGAUGCUAUCACAAAAUAUGGCCAUAAGCAGGCUUCUUUUAGUCAGCAAAAUGCCAAAUGAGGCAAUCGACAUAUGAAUCUGGAAUGAUUGACAAUUACCAAGAUAUUUUGAAGUCU